AUGUCGACGACCUCGAUUCAGCAUUUUACGAGCUCCUUCUCUCCUUUUUCUUCAGGUACCCAGCCGGUCGGAAUGGCGCAAUCUCAGACGGUAGGGCUGGACACGCUCGCCGAGGGUUCGCAAUACGCGCUGGAGCAACUGCAGCUGUCGCGAGAAGCCAAUGGGGCCAGUGCCGUUGACGGUGGAGUUCCUAACCCUCUUAGAAGCUCAAUCUCCAAACCCCAAGGUCAGCAGCUUUACAGCGACGAAUCCUCCGCCCAGCACACCCAGAACGCAACCACCGGAUUCAGAAACCUGCCUCAACGGGACCAACUGGCAGAGGCUCGCUCGACGAUCCGCAAAAGUUCAAACUCCGGCCCCGUCCGCCGAAGAAUCAGUCGAGCAUGUGAUCAGUGUAAUCAGCUUCGGACGAAGUGCGAUGGGCAAAACCCAUGUGCGCAUUGCAUUGGUAGUGAAUUUGGCCUGACUUGUGAAUAUGCUCGAGAACGCAAAAAACGUGGCAAAGCAUCCAAAAAGGAUCUCGCUGCGGCUGCCGCCGCCGUAGCCAACAAUGGCACCGCGCCGACGUCAAACGGCAAUACAUCCAACGAUUCUGUAUCGUCAGCUAAAAGGCACACCCCUUCGGAUGGUCAAUCAACGCAAGAGGUCAGCGGCAGGUACGAUCCGAAUUUUGAUGCCUCCCGGAAUCUGGCGACAGCGGGACAAUCGCAAUUAGGACAGCACUCGGAUAUGUCAGGUAUGGCGGGGAUGCAGGGCUCACAACAGACCCCGCACUCUCAACCAUCCCUGGGUGGUGCAAUCGAUGCCAUUCACUUGAAUCACUUCAACACUCUUAAUGAUUCCAACCGACCGCAGAUGUCUGUUCCCGACCUUCGUUCAUUACAGAUGCUACAUCCAUCCGGCGCAAAUACCCGGUCUCCGUCGGGAGCACUGCCACCUCAAGGGAUGAAUUCCGGCUAUAAUGACGGCGCUUAUUCUCUGAUGAACGCAUCAGAAGCAAAUCACCCAUCAAUCAACCAAUACCGACUGGGGAACUCUGCUGAAAACCCUCCGGCACCUUUUCUAGGCUUAUCACCCCCGGCGCAAUCACCAGGAUGGCUAUCACUACCUUCGCCAUCCCCUGCAAACUUCGCGUCCUUUAGCAUGCCUCCAUUUUCCAGCACCUUGCGGUACCCUGUCCUCCAGCCCGUCCUCCCUCAUAUCGCGUCGAUCAUUCCUCAGUCAUUGGCCUGUGAUCUCCUCGAUGUCUAUUUCACCAGCUUCUCCCCUUCCCACUUGUCGCCGCAAUCCCCGUAUGUGGUCGGGUACAUCUUCCGAAAACAAUCGUUUCUCCAUCCCACAAAGCCAAGGGUAUGUAGUCCUGGCCUAUUGGCUAGUAUGCUAUGGGUUGCCGCACAGACGAGCGAUGCAGCGUUCCUGACAUCUCCGCCGUCGGCUCGGGGCAGAGUAUGCCAAAAACUUUUGGAACUCACGGUUGGCCUACUCCGGCCGCUGAUCCAUGGACCCGCCCCUGGGGAAACAUCUCCCAACUACGCUGCUAAUAUGGUCAUCAACGGGGUAGCUCUGGGCGGCUUUGGGGUCUCCAUGGACCAACUUGGCGCGCAAAGUAGCGCAACAGGUGCCGUAGAUGACGUUGCCACCUAUGUCCACUUAGCGACUGUGAUCUCUGCCAGCGAAUAUAAGGCAGCUAGUAUGCGUUGGUGGACGGCAGCAUGGUCUCUCGCUCGCGAAUUGAAGUUGGGACGUGAAUUGCCGCCGAAUGCCCCCCAGCCGAGACAGGACGGCGAGCCUGAGGACGAUACAGAUGUGGACAUGUCAAAACGUAAUCUCCCUCCUCUUAUCACAUCGGUCGGGGGUAACUCUGGAAGCACGAUCCUCAAUGUCACUGAGGAGGAACGAGAAGAACGUCGGCGUCUUUGGUGGUUGCUCUAUGCAACAGAUCGCCACUUAGCGCUCUGCUAUAACCGCCCUCUGACAUUACUGGACAAGGAGUGUGAAGGACUCCUUCAGCCAAUGAAUGAUGACUUGUGGCAGGCUGGCGAUUUUGCUGGUGCCACUUACCGGCAGGUAGGCCCCCAGGUAGAGUGUACAGGACACAGCAUGUUCGGUUUCUUCCUACCCUUGAUGACGAUCUUGGGUGAAAUUGUCGAUCUCCAACAGGCAAAGGAACAUCCCAGGUUUGGUCGUGUCUUCCGGAAUAGUGCAGACUGGGACCACCAAGUGCUGGAGAUUACCCGUCAACUGGAUACAUAUGCUCAGAGCCUGAAAGAAUUCGAGGCUCGUUACACUAGCAGUCUAGCUCUUGGGGCAGGGGAAAGUGAGGCCGCCAUAGAAGGAUCUCAUUUAGACCAUGUGAGCCCAUCUGGCCGUUCGACCAGUACGGCUGGGUCGAGGGUGAACGAGUCCAUCGUGCAUACGAAAAUGGUAGUCGCCUAUGGAACCCACAUUAUGCACGUUCUACACGUCCUGUUGGCCGGGAAAUGGGACCCUAUCAAUUUGCUUGAGGAUCAUGAUCUCUGGAUAUCUUCGGAGUCGUUCAUAGCCGCAAUGAGUCAUGCGGUCGGCGCUGCUGAUGCUGCAGCGGACAUAUUAGAGUACGAUCCAGAUAUAACUUUUAUGCCCUUUUUCUUCGGAAUAUAUCUACUGCAAGGCAGUUUUCUGCUACUACUAGCAGCCGAUAAGCUUCAGGGUGAUGUCAGUCCCAGUGUCGUUCGCGCGUGCGAGACAAUUGUUCGUGCACACGAGGCUUGCGUCGUGACAUUGAAUACUGAGUAUCAGAGGACAUUCCGCAAGGUUAUGCGUUCGGCUUUAGCGCAGGUUCGUGGGCGCAUGCCUGAAGAUUUUGGUGAACAGCAGCAACGUAGGCGAGAAGUGCUAGCCCUCUACCGCUGGACCGGUGAUGGCAGUGGUCUUGCACUAUGA